AUGGAUCGUGUCGCGGGCUCAAUUGUACAUCCACUAUAUUUCGAUGGCAACAACUAUGGCGCUUGGAAGGCUCAAAUGAAGUCGUUUCUCUGGUCCUUAGACAAACGUGUAUGGAAUACAGUGGUUCAUGGAUUUCCUGAACCCACAAAGAAGAUCAAAAAAGGAGAUGAAGAAACCACUGUUCUCAAAACUAGAGAGGAGUUUACCACUGUCACUCAUGAAGGAACAGAUACUGUCAAGGGAGCCAAGCUUCAAAUGAACACUUUACAGUUUAAGACAAUCAUAAUGGAUGAGAAUGAAACUUUUUCUGAAAUUUAUGCUAAACUUUGCAUCAUUGUGAAUGCAUGUUCAAGUUUAGGUGAAAAAAUUCCAAAAGAUAGGGUGGUGAAAAAGAUUUUAAGGUCCUUGCCUCAACAUUUUCAACCAAAGAUCACAGCCAUUGAAGAGAUUUGUGACUUGAACACUUUGAAAGUUCGUGAACUCAUACGAUCGCUUCAAACCUACGAGAUGAAGCACCUAGCUUCUAAAAAGAGUAAAAGUGUUGCUCUCAAAGUGGUUGACAAAGAAGAUGGUGAACACCAAUCAAAAGAAUUCAAUGGAGAGGAAUUUGCCUAUCUUUCACGACAAUUCAAUAAGUUUUUCAAAAAUCAAAAUUCCAGAAGUCACGAAUCGAGAAAUCACUCAGGAUAUGGACAUAUUGCGUCUGAAUGUGCCAACACACAAAAGAAGCAAAAUGGUAAAGCCAAAGCAUUGAAUGUAACCUGGAGGGAUAGUGACUCAGAAUCAGAAAGUGAAGAAAAUACCAUUGUGUUAAUCACCACAAUCAGCUUGGAUGAGGCACAACAAAACAAUGCGAAUGAUGAAGGACCAAAUAUUGACUAUGUGCUGGAAAAGUAUGAUGAUCUGUUGGCUACCUCUUAUAAACUCAACAAACAUAAUAGAGAGCUUGCAAAAAGAGUUGCUGUGCUGGAGCUUGAAAAUAGUAGGACUGCCAGGAUGUUGCAAUCCUCUGAUGCUGAACCAGAAAUAGUUGGUUGCAAAAUGAUUAGCAUGGGUCGAAGUGAUGGAGACAAACGUGGCCUAGGAUUUGAUUCAAUCAACAAGUCUCCUGCUGUAUCCGUCACAAAUGGGUGUUCGAGACACUUGAUCGGUGACAAAUCAUGUUUUUCAGAAAUCUCUACAGAAUGUGUGAGUGGAAUGGUCACUUUUGGAGAUGGAAGAAAAUCCAAAAUUUUGGGCAAAGGAAAGAUUAUGGCAACUGGUACACCUAGCUUGGACAAUGUUUUACUAGUUGAAAAUCUUCAAGAAAAUCUCAUUAGUGUAAGUCAACUUUGUGAUGAAAUAGGUGAGCUUGUGAUUGAGCACUCUGUCAGUGUCGAGUUCUACAUCCGUGAAAGCCUCAUCGUCGUUGGUGCAGCAAAUGCCACUAUUCUGACAACAAGUCUUGUUCUACCUCGGAUUAUCAUAGCUUUGGCUGCUCAUGCUGGUGUCCCUGCACUGUCUAUCGAUGAUAUUGGCUCUUCCGACACCAUCAAAGUCAACAAUCAGCCACCUGAUCCUCCUUGUCCUACUCGGGCUCACAACCUCUAA